CCAGCGGGAUGUACAAUGGGAUCGGGCUGCCGACGCCGCGGGGCAGCGGCACCAACGGCUACGUCCAGCGCAACCUCUCGGCCCUGCGGCCCAAGAAAGGGGGGCCCGGGGGAGGCCCCGGGGAUCCCCCCCCCGGAGAGGAGGAGCUGAAGAGACUCGAGGCCGCCCUGGCCAAGAAACCCAACCCCGACAUCCUCGACCACCAGCGCAAGAGGAGGGUGGAGCUCAAAUGCCUCGAGCUGGCUGAGCUCAUGGAGGAGCAGGGGUGAGAGAAAUAACCCCAAAUCACCCCAAAAUCACCCCAAAAUAACCCCCUGGAGCUGGCUGAGCUCAUGGAGGAGCAGGGGUGAGAGAAAUAACCCCAAAUCACCCC